CUGCGGAAACACUUUGGAAAACACAGGAAGCCCAAUAAACAAUAUGGCGAUGGAAGAGACGUGCACGUGUGACUGUCAGCUAUGAUCAUAAACCCGCAUUCACUGGCGAAUAGUCAUGUUUAUUAAUCAUUUGAAUUCUUAGCUUUCAAAGCGGUCAAGAUUGACCAAAAUGAACAUGGAGACAUUGUCAAUUUUGUCAUUGAACUAUGACUGUUUGCUGGAGAUUUUGUCUCGUCUAGAUGAUUUUACUUCAUUUUAUUUCUUUUCUGUCACUUGUAAGAGGUUCUAUCAAGUGAGCUUGGAGACUAAACACUGGCAUAUCAAUGUUCUAAAGAGAAAAAUUCGGUAUUAUGGCACCAGGUUUGUCAUCAACGAAUUCCCAAAAGACAGAAGAUUCACCAUAAACCUCCCUUUGAUUCAAGACCUCAUUUCCAUCGCUGAAGUCUACAAAAUAACCAAGCCAACUUUAGCAAAUGCGAUGAAUGUUUGGUGGGCAAGAGGGCCAGUAGCUGCUGAAGUGUUUCAAUGGAUUUUAGAUUUCAAACUUCGACAAGAGUUCAAAAUCAAUGGAGAAGUUCAACGUGUUGUCAAAAAACUAACAUUUCGUUUGCCAAUCCUUAACCAGGAGUUAAUCAUCGAUACGCAUUUAAGUGUAUGUUCUAAUAGAGUAACUUUCAAAUUAACUUUUGGUGACCUGUUUGUGCUGUACGAAAUUGUACAAAACAGCAAAACUCCAUGCAGCUAUGCAAACUUGAGUGAAGAACAUGUAAGGGGAUUUGCUGUGCGUGCCAAGCCAAUCAUUGAUAUUCUCCAAAAAGAACUUGGUGAAACUGUUCCUUCCAUUACAGGUCAUUUUCUUCUAUGGUUCUGCUUUUAUCCUGACUCUCGAAAAGAAAUCAUUUCUGAUUCAAUGGAACAGUUGCAAUUCAAAAGCAAUUACAACAAUAGGGAGCCAACCCAAGAGUCAGUACAAGCUGCCUUAGACUCAUUAAAUCAAAGUGAAAGUUUAAUGAGACAAAUCGGAGAAUCCACAAAUGUGGGCAUCCUAUGCAGAAUGGCUGAAUACCUUCAUGGAUCUUCCAAGCAUAAAGUACUUCAUAGCCUUAGCAAAGAAAUAUUUUUUGUAUUAGGUGAACCUCAGCAAUUGUCAAGAGCAUACAGACUUUCUGACCUCUUGCUUUGCGACCUAGUGCUUAGGGUUACUUUUUUGCCAAAUACUUUCUCUGAAAACCAUGAAUCUGACAUUACUAACUUCACCUUUAGGACAAAAGGAGGAGAAAUUUUGAAAGCUGAAAAGAUUGGCCUGCCCCGUGGAAAAUUUCGCUCAAUUUGGAAUUUCACUUUACCAAAUGGCCAAAAAAUUCAUUUUGAACUAGAAGAAUUUGCAAGAUGGAUGGAUCCAAGGGAAUAUGGGAAAGUGAAUGAUCCUUUUUUAAAGCUGCAACCAGUUACAGAGAUCCUUGAAGAAUGUGUCAACAGUGACACUGAUAAACAAGACAUAAAACUCACAAAUAUUUUUACAGAAAAACUAUUUUCUGCAUUAUUGUUUUAUAAGCAUUGUGACAAGCUAUAUGCGCGCUAUUAAGUUACUUAAUUCUAAAUAUUUGAAAUGAAUUUGUAUUUCUAAUAAAUUCAAAACAGCAA